AUGCGUGAACAGAGCAAAACAAAAAUCCAUCUCACGACUCUCUAUGACUUUGCUAAAGACAAUUAUAAGUUGUACAAAGAAUGGAUGGUCGAGCAUUUCAAGCAGACUUGCGAUGAUUUAACCGAAGAUGAGAAUGUCUUGGAAGAUGUUUAUGUAGAGCUUGUUUCUGUAGAGGACUUUGAAUUGUCUGGAAAUUUGGAGAUCCGGGACACGCUUGCA